AGCAAUAUUAUGUUAACUGUUCUAUGACUUUCAUGUUGAUCUAGUCUAUUUACGCUGUCAGUAUUAUUUUCGCCGGAGAGGAAAGUAUUUUCAUUUACCGUGGCUACAGAGAAUUUCCCCGAAGGAGAAGGGGUGCCUCCCAAAACAGGCCCAACUCAAGCUGUUGCUAAAAGUGGAAUGGGAGAAGUUUCUAGCAGUUGGAAACCUUUUAUAUAUGGAGGUUUGGCUUCAUGUACAGCAGAGUUUGGUACGUAUGUGUGCAUUAUAAAAUGACAACCUACCAACCUAUAUGUCAGGUACCUAAUUGAAAUGACAAAAUGAGUUAGUCAUUUAUUUCUAAAAUAGGUUAUGUUUCUUUUGAAUGUGGAAUAAGAAAUACUCUUUGAAAUUUGACUGUGUUUAAUUUAUCAAAGGAAUUUUUCUUUACUUAAUAGAUAAUUUCAGUAGUGGUAAUUAUUGAUUGGGCAAGUUAUUGAAUUUCUUUUGGCAAUUGCCUUGUGUAAUCAUUUUUGUGCAGUGUCCUUUACAGUCAGUCUAAACUUACAUAGGACAGCAUGGAGAGAUGCUGCAAACCACGCCAAGGACUGUGGACUGGAAUGGAACGUUUCCAAUAGAUACCACAAAGACUCGGUUACAGGUUCAAGGUCAGAAAAUUGACAGUAAACAUGCACAGCUCAAGUAUCGUGGCAUGAUUGAUGCAUUGCUGCAAAUAUCAAAACAAGAAGGUGUCAGAGCUUUGUAUUCAGGUAUCUGCCCAGCAGUUUUGAGGCAGGCCACGUAUGGAACAAUCAAGUUCGGCACUUAUUACAGUCUGAAACAAUUUGCAACAAAGGCAUAUGGGCAUGAAGCUGAAGAUGUGGCAGUCAACAUAUGCUGUGCCAUUGUCGCUGGAACUGUAUCCAGUGCCAUUGCCAACCCCACAGAUGUGCUCAAAGUGCGCAUGCAGGUGUUGGGUGCGCAGACCUCACGUGGCAUCGUCGCCUGCUUCCAAGACAUAUACCGCCAUGAGGGCAUCGGCGGGCUGUGGAGGGGCGUGGGCCCCACAUCCCAGCGUGCUGCGGUUAUUGCAGCGGUUGAACUGCCUGUUUACGACUUCUGUAAACAACACUUGAUGGCCACAUUUGGAGACAAGAUCAUAAAUCAUUUCAUUUCCAGCUUUAUUGCAAGUCUAGGCAGUGCCAUAGCAUCUACGCCUAUAGAUGUCAUCAGGACAAGGCUGAUGAACCAGAGGAAGUUGAAGACGACUGCUGUCGGGUCUUCUUCCUUGCACAUUUACACAGGCAGCAUGGAUUGUCUUCUACAGACAGUGAAGAAUGAAGGAAUUCUAGCACUGUACAAGGGUUUCAUCCCUACAUGGUUUCGUAUGGGCCCAUGGAAUAUAAUUUUUUUUGUUACCUAUGAACAACUGAAGAAACUGUAUUGAAGAGAACUGGAUGAGAAGAGUAUCAGAUCUGUUUCGCGUGCACUUACUUAUUCCAGCACAUGCCUUCAUUCUGUAUAGUAUUUUAUUAUUUGACUGUAUCAUACAGCAACCAAAAUUCAUUCCUUAGUGCUAUAGAAUGAUCAGUAGCUUGAUACUGCAGCGUUAACUUAAAUAUAUGUAUGAGCUGACUGAUCGAGGUAGGUAUAAUUUUGUCUGAAAUUAAUUGUAAACUGCUAUUGUAAUGGCAAAAAAAAAAUCAUAUGAUAAUUCUGUAACAUAUAGCCAAUCAAUGCAUUUUCUAAGACUUAACUUGAGAAACAAUGUUACUUCACUAUUAAAAUUGGCCAGUCUUUCUAUGCCUAUGAAAUUUUAGUUUUUGUAAUUUUUUUUUUUACAGUGAGGAAGGCUUGAUUUAUGUUUUGUGUUAUAUUUAAAUAUUAUCUAGUCUAAAAGAAGCUACUUUACAUAAUGUAUGGAAGAAGGUUGUUGAACUGAUGGAAAAAAAAAAAUGUUACUGAUGCCUAGUAGUUCUGGUGCGGUUAAUUAGCUUGAUGACAGUAUAUUGGUAUUUAUCAUUCCCUGUUUUGUACCCCUUGUAUAUGUUAUUUAUAUUUUCAAGUUUUCCUUUACUACUGUGAUAACAUUUGUAUAUCAUUGGUACUUAAAAAAUUAUUUUGAUAAUGUACAUUAUAUUGUUGCCUAAAAUAUGUUAAUAUGCUACUUUAUCUCAUGUGAUGUUUUUAAAAAAUCUUUGUUGAAUAAAGUUAUAAGGAAAUGGUGUAAGAAUAAUUGUGAAUUAAACAUGAAGACUGCUUGAAGUCUAUUGUUGAAAA